UUAGUUUGUUGUUGUACUUUGUUUUGUUUACAUUUUAAUUUAGAUGCUUAUUAUUUUAAAUUGUAAUCUUUGAUUUAAAAUAGCAUGUUACAUAGAUCGUAUAGAUCAAAAUGCCUAAAGCUACGCGGGAAAUGCUUGAAAAUGGCUUUUCUUACGAUGAACCCGAUCGGAUGCCGAACAAUAUAAGGAUAAAAGAUUUGGAUAUUUUCAUGUAUGGUGUGGCUAUUGUUGGCCACUUUGUAGACUUAGGCUUGGACAUAAAUGUUGCAGUUCAGUAUUUUAUCACUAAGAACAUAGUGGAAUUCGGUUGGACUUUGGUUUUCAUUCUGUUGCCAGCCUUUGUUAACACUGCUGUAUCAGUAAGGAUGUAUUCUCAAGACAAACAACAACAUUCAUUGAGUAAUGAAUUCACAAAGAGGAAGUGGUUACGAAUAUUUAUUCUGGUCCUGCAGAUGGCUCCCAUACUCCGAUUUGCUGAUGCUCUCAUCUAUGCAAUCAAGUCUCGUCGGGCAGCGCGCAAACAGGAUGUAUCAUCACAGCGGAUGUACUACGGUCUCAUGCUGAAGGAGGAUUCUGAUGCAGCACUGUUGAGGAUAUUUGAAUGUUUCCUCGAAGCUGCACCUCAACAAGUACUGCAGACCAGCUUGCUGCUCAGACAGUAUGAGCACUUAGCUGUACAUCAGCUGCUGUCGAUAUGCUCGUCGAUCGUCGGUAUGGGCUGGUGUCUGGCGGCGUAUCAGCGAGCGGUGCGGUUCGCUCAGCAGGACAAGAACAAUGUGACCUGGAUCGGGACAAUACUGCAGGUUCUGUGGCACUUCCUCGUCACCUUGAGCCGCAUCACAUCUAUAUCAAUCGUAGUGUACAUGUUUCCACUAUGGGCUGUGCUGGCUUGUGGGAUUCACAUUCUCGUCAUGACCACUUGGCUGCAAUUCUUCGAUCAUUCCUCUUUCUGUUCUCACAAUAAACUAGCCCAAUUUUGCUUCUCAUUGGCCCUUGGAGGAGUUUAUUUAUUCACCUUCAUCCUACCUGUUGAAGGCCGGACACGGUACCGAUACACCGUUUAUUAUACUUUAUGUUUUCUACAGAACUUUGUGUGUAGUAUUUUGUGGUAUGUGUAUGUAAAUGAUGAUAUGAGAUUAACGGUCUUCUUUUAUCCUGUGUUUGUGUUAAGUAUAGUGCCAUUUGUGUUUGGUAUAAUAUUUAUGUUAGUGUACUACGGAUUUUUCCAUCCUAAGGUUAGUGUAAGAUCAUCAUCCAUUUCGAUGAAAGAAGAUGAAGAUAGUUAGCAUAUAAAUGCUUUUAUUGUCUUAUGCAUCAUUUUUAAAUUAAAUUUUAAUGUGAUGAUAAUUGAAAUGUCUCUAAGAAGGAAGGAAUAAUAUCAUUAUUAACAAUAAUAUGCAUUUAAAAAAGGACUAAUACAAAUAAUUUUAAGAUGAAGCUGAAUUUCUAUGUGGAUGAUGUGUAUCACAAAAAUGAUGCUGAUAUAAUUGAAAUUUAAUAUUACCUAUUUCUUAAAAAUAUUUAAAUACUUUGGGUACCAUGUCUGUUCUUUGCCAUUAAAUACUCCUGUUACCAACAUAGGCUGUGACUAUCCAAGGGUUGUUUUAAGACCUUCUCAUUAAAUGUAUUCUUUUUAUUUAUAUAACAAUAAAUGUAAUAAAAAUAAUUUUGGAAAUUAGUGUAGCAAGUCUUCCUUUUCAUGGUAUUCAGCAAAGUGAAUCUCGAAAUAAUCCUGUUUUCAAUAAUAUCAGAUAGUAACAAUAAUGUGAUAUUAUAUCAAAGAAUAAUUGUAUGAGUACUUGAACUGUACUAUAACACAAAGAUAUCUGAUAUCUAACUGUGUUAGUCUGCCUGUAAUUAACAAGACUGUAUUUUUAAAUUUAAUAGAAUAAGUCAUAUCAUAUUGUAACGUACCUAAUUAAGAAUCUCAAAAUAUAUUUUAUAGUACAAGACUUAUACAAGAAUCAUCAUUUUUAAAUUAGUUUUAGUACAGUAUUUUUGUAACUAUGUUAAGAAAACUCAAAUAAAAACCAGUAUUCUUAAAUAAAUCUAUAUUUUAUA